AUGGCCGACAGCAAUUCCAGUAAUAGCCCGAGCGACAAUAGCAGCAGCAAUGGCAAUGCUAACGGAGGGAGCGACGUAGUUGUUGCGAUUGUUGCUCUCGUCGUCUCGGUGGUCGCUCUCUUUGCAGCGACUCUACAGAUCAUGCAAGCGAUCUUUGCGUCGGCUAAAGGGCUUCCCAAUUGCACCGAAGACGUGAUGGGAGGAUGGGCGAAAGGCACGACAAAACGGCCAAAGUUCAAGGAGCUACGUCUCGAGGUUAGGUUCGAGGCGCCAAUCAUCUUUCUGGCCCCCCCAAACAACCAGAAUAAACCUGAAAAAGGAGAGAUGUGGUCCGUGGAGGGCACUGAGAAAAGUUGUACCAAGAACCGACUCGAAUAUGCCAAGAUAUUCCCAAACCCUGGACCAGCCAACGGAACCAACGACGAAAAGCCGUCUAAGCCUACUGAAAAGGUCCACACUGUCAACAACGAGCUAGCAACAUGGGUUUAUCUUCUAAUCGCCCUUGAAAGAAUGGAGAAGGAUUCCAAAGAAUGGGAGUGCAAGAAGCUCCAAGGGGAAUGGUUGCCAAGUUCCAUCAUCCCGGACCUGCCUGAGCCGACUUUGGCCGUGAAAGUACAGGCGAAGGAAAGAAGCUUCGAUGCGAACCCCUCCAUCAAGAAGCCCUAUGCAACCUCUACGAUCUCUCAUCUGGUCGAGCUAGCAGCAAUACUUGGACUCUAUUGGAGAGUCUUCGACCGAGACAACAACCAGUACCGCGCGGAAGGAAAUGGCUAUAGUCUGACUGGCUCACGUGUACCCGACUUGGGCGUCGUCUUUGUUUUUGAGAAAACUGGUCCCACUGUAUUUGAGGAGCGACGAGUGAUUCCGACAUCUGAAGUGAAGGAGCUCUGUUUUGGGCGAGUGCCAACUUUCUAUCGAGUUAAGAAGGAUCCCGACGAAGACUUGGAGUGGCAGAGGGAGUUCAAAACGUCGUCGGGAACUGGAACCAAGGUCGAAAUCCUUCAACUGAGCACUCGCGAUGCCAUUGCGGAGACUUUGACCCAGAUAGGAUGCAACGGCAAAACCACGCUCUUCUACAGAGAAGGAAAGAAAGACCGGCACCUCUUUUCUGUUACCUUCGAGGUCAUCGGCAUGCUCGCGCGAGUUUUGCACAUUGAAGGAAGAUGCUUCCGUUUCCUGCCCAAUCCAACAAUCUUCUCUUGGGACAGAGAUUCGCUGUCACUCCAGCGUCUGCUCAUCGCUUUUAGCGGACUGUUGAUGAACGAUCUCACGGUUGUUGAAGAAGAGGCGGAGACUGUCAUUGAUGAGAGGGUUGAAAUUGCCGUCGAAGAUAUUAGGGCUCUUUCGGAGUCAGCGGAGGAGAUGAGCAACGAUUUUGACGAGAACCCGCCUCUAACGAGCAAAAGAAUGAGUCUCUUGCACAAAGCCAUUGAUGUGGCAGACAAAUCUCUCAAGAAACGAGACCAGGGAAUCGUGCUCGAUGUGCUACGUCGUCACCUCCAGGAAGUGUUGGCAGCCAUCAACAGUCCGGAUAAAAGGGGAAAAGAACAGAUUUCGUUUCGGGACCUGCUUGGUAUCCCUCUGGAGAUGAGAGAACAAAGGUUCAUGGAGACAUACUUCGAGCGCAUACUAUGGCGUGUAGUGCCUACCAACUCUACUAAGAGGGGUAAGCGAGAUGACGAGGUCGUUUCAAGAGCUAUACACGACGACACAGAGAAACGAAGAUCUCGCUUGGGUAACGGCUCACCCCAAGCCGGCAGCGCAGUCCCACCGUCGCCGUUGAGACUUAACCCCGGAGAGUCUCCAAUCAAGGCUCUAGACGACUCGACGCCCACGCCCGGCAUCAGCAGGGUCAAGACGUGGCCUCAUCGCAUCGAGACUGAGCAACCUGAGCAGCCCGCCGCCCUAGAGGAUGGCCGGCGCAUUUAUCUAGGCAACCUUCUCUACAGCAUCCAACCCGUCGACAUCGAGGAGAUGCUGAAAGACAAUGGCUUUGAAGGGUACGAGAAAAUUCACAUCUCCAUGGAUCCAGUAUCGGCUCGGAAUCCCGGAUACUGCUUCGUCGAUUUCGCUGAGCGCGCAGACGCCGAACGGGCACUAUCCUCCCUUGAUGCGCGCCUCCGUGGUAGACCGCUCAAGGUCGGCCCAUGCGAGCCUAAGAAGCAGAACCGGAGUCGCUGGCAAAGCGACAGAGAGCCUUCCUUCAACAGGUGGGGAGACUGGUCAGGAUCGCGGGGUGAGGGCGGCGACGAGGCUGGCAGAUCACCAGCGCGGAACGGUAGGAACGGCGGCAUCGAGAGCGGACCGUACGGCGCCAUCAAGCACUUCGACGAGGUCGUUGCGACGGAAGGGGAUGGCAGGAGACUCUAUGUUGGAGGAUUGGGUGCGAUGGUUGACCAGGCACAACAUCAGGAUGAACUGCAACAAAUUCUUGAGGGCCACAAGCCACUAGCCAUCAGUAAGCGUAUCACUCCCCAUGAGUCUACUAGGGCCAAGGGCGGUGAGCACCACUACUGCUUUGUCGAUUUUGCGACAGCUGAAGAGGCCGAUGCAGCAAGAAACGCGCUGGAUCGCAAGGUCUGGGGAACCGGUCGUCUGCGUGUCAACGUUGCUCGCGGUCUGCCCGACAAGCUCAAGGAUCGUACGACGCCCUCGGAUGUGCAAAAUGAGAAGGAAAAUGGUGAGCGCUCGGCUUGGCGGAAGCCCAGAUAUGAGAAUUCGAAUCGCGACAACAGCGCGAGAUCUUCUCAACCACUUAGAUCAGCAGCAUCGGGAAAUUGGCGACAAAAGGAGCCUUCGACCUGA